AUGGACGGUCUGAUCAAGGGCCUCAUGGACGUGGCGCUCGACCAUCUCGGUCAAAAAGACGAUGAAUCCCGCGAUGAACGGUCCAGAUCGUCCUGGGCUCAGGUGGUAUCGGGUGAGGAGCAGGGUAACGAUGACAAUCGUCAGAGUAGUAACCGUAGGCAAGGUUAUAAUCGAACCAAUCAGUGGGAAUCACAGAGUGAAGGAAGAAGAAAUGAGGAGUGGCAGACUGAGGGUUCUAGACCAUCAAGGCGACCCCAAAACGCCGUGAAUGAAGGGUAUGCAAGGAAUGAAGGUGGAGAGCAGCAUGAUUAUAGCCGGAACCAGUGGAAUAGAAAGGAGGGUGGAGAGGAGACUAAUGAUGGUUGGGAGACUGUGGGGAAAAGGCAUCCUAAACAACAGCACAAGAUCCAUAUGGAUCAAUGGAAUGGAUACAAAAGACCUGCCAGUGAACAAGAAUACUCUAAUGAGGUUGAAGACAGUACAAGAAUAGGACCUUCAAAAGAGGAGCUUGCUGAUUUAUCACAAGCUUGCAACAGGCUUUGGGAGUUCGACACCAAUCGUUUGGUUCCUGGCAAGGAUUAUCGGAUUGAUUGUGGUGAAGGGAAGAAGGUCUAUGAGAAGGAAGAUAUGGCACAAGGAAGCCUAUUUAGCUCGCUGAGUGAAGACGUAUUUAAAAGGCCAACUUUUUCUCGUUUCUGUUCUCUCCUGGAUAAUUAUAAUCCAAAUCAAGGGAGCAAAGAAGUAGUUACAUCUGAAGAGAGGCAAGAGCAAGCUGCUUUCAUAGAAGAAAUCAGUAGAACUGCACCAAUUAAAUAUCUUCACAAGUAUCUUGCAUCCAAAGGCAUUGUGUCCGAAAAUUACCAAGAUUUUAAAAGAAUACUGACUAGUCUCUGGUUUGAUUUGUAUGGUCGAGGUGGUACAUUCAGUAGCUCUUCUGCUUUUGAGCAUGUUUUUGUGGGAGAAAUCAAGCAACGUGGGGAACAAGAAGUUUCUGGAUUCCAUAACUGGCUUCAGAAUGCUGAGAUGCAGGGAGGACAUCUACUGGCUGUCACUGAAAGAGACUCCACUUUCUCUGCUGUUUACUCUGCCUCUUCUUUUCUCAACCUCACUAAGCCUGAUUCACCUGACUCGGAAAGCCAGGUGCUUACAAUCCAGUUUGAAUGGAAUGGAGUUCUGAAAUCUGUGUCGAGCACUUUAGUUGGAGUGAGUCCAGAGUUUGAAAUUGCGUUGUAUACCCUCUGCUUUUAUGUGGGUGGAGAAGAUAAUUAUGUGGAGCUGGGGCCUUACCCAGUUAACAUAAAAUGCUACCGCCUUGGAGACAGAAUCGGCUCUGUGUUUCCCAUAGCAGAGUGUUGA